UUUGCAUUCAAAUAUGCAUAUUGUUCAUCAAUAACUCGCUUUUGGAUGUUGCGUUACUCUGUCUGGAGUUAAUUGCUUGGCUUUAUUAGGUUAUCCGAGGUCCAUCUAGUAAAGUUGAGAGUUUUCUUAAGUUGGUUUUGCCUCAGUCACGUGCGUUUAUGUAAAAUGGUUAAUCAGAAGUAUGUAAAUUGUGACUUUGGAUACAUACACAAGGAUUUGGUACCUUCAUAUCAAUUUGACUAGUAUUUAUUUAGCUUCAUGGCCACAGAAUUAAGAACAAAUGUACAAUCAGAAAGAGAGGAACAACCAACUACAGUUGCUGAUGUCAAUCAGCCUCUAUUAAUACGAGGAACUAGUAAUACUCUAACAGUUGAUAGUGAAAAUAAUCUACCUUCUUCUAGUCAUGGUCCAGUAAUCCGAUGGGCUGAAGGCACAGUAGAUAAUGAAUUUAUGGGUAAAAAAAAGUCGAAUUGUUGUUGCAUUUAUGAAAAACCAAGAAAAUGGAAUGAAUCAUCUAGUUCAUCAUCAGAUUAUUCUGAUCAUUCUUCUUCUGAUGAUAAUGAUGAUAUAAAUAAACAAAGCACACAUAAAAAUACACAUUGUACAGAACAUUGUCGAGGACAUACAAAACGAUGCUUUCGAAAGAAGAAAAAUAAUAAAGAUACGAAUUUGGAAAAUUUUGACAAACCAACUUCAUCAUCAUCUGAUUUUAAUCCAAAUGGUUUAUGUUCAUAAUUUAAAUAAUCGUGUUUAAAUAUGGUCAAUACUUGUUGGGGAAAAAGAUAUAUAUAUAUAUAUAUCCUGGCUGUUUGAAUAGUUUAAUCUCUUUUAUUCGAAUACUUAUUAGUUUGGUUUGUAUUUUGGAGAAUAUAUUUCAAUUUGUCCAUUCUUUAUUCUACUCUUACGUUUCUUCUUUUUAUUAUUAUUACUAUUCUGUGAAUAAUUUCUAAUCUGUUGUUAAUUAUUAAUAAAAUAUCCUACAGAUGUAUAUUUCAGUUGUCUUUUAAAACAUUAAAUUUAAAAUAAACUAUAAACAAACUUA